GGAUUGCAAAACUGUCACCCCGGAUCGGUUGGAUCAUCAUCUCACUCGGACUUCACGUCCACGGUGGAUUACUAAAACAGCAAAAUAAGAACGGGGCGAGCGGGCAAACUUGAACUCGGAUGGCCCAACUGAACGAGGGAACGACAAUUUUUCUGACGACCGCGCUUGGAUUUACAGCUCUGGUCUCCUCCACCUUGCGACGGAUCGAUACCCAGUUUUUUUUUUUUUUUUAAACAAGGGAGUGAAGCAUCUCGGGAUUUACCGUCGCUUCGUUUGAGGCCCCCCCCACCCACCCACCCUCCUUUCCUUCCGUCCCUCCAUCGCUCCAUCUCACCUGUUUGUAACCUGUGCGCUUGUGUGUGUACUUCCUUGCGCUCCGCCAGAGGGAGUACGGCUUGUGUGUCUGCAUGCGAGUGCUGUGCCAGCGUUUAACGACUUCCAUGACUGUCACAUGUGCUCGAGUGGUGCGCGUAUGCAUGUGCCUGUAAAUAGAAAGGCUUGCCGUGUAUGUAAGAUGUGCCGCUUUGGUUCGCCACCCUCCCUUCCUUGGCUGCGCCACUUGAUCUUUUGGAAACCCGUUUGACCUCCAAAAGCUCCCCCGAGAGACGGAAAGCAGGAUGAGCGAGCACUCGGGCGCCAGCACGCUGGCGGCUAUGACGUUGGAGGAGCCGGGGGCGGAGCAAGCGUCCCCCCGGGCCCCGGGCCCUUUCCGCUGCGGCCCCUGCGCCGUGUGGCCUCGCCAGCAGACCUGGCUGUGCGCCGUGCCCUUGGUGAUGGGCUUUGUGGGCCUGGGCCUCAGUCUCAUGCUGCUCAAAUGGAUUGUGGUGGGAUCCGUCCAAGACUACGUCCCCACCGACCUGGUGGAUCCCAAAGGGAGCAUGGGACAGGACCCCAUAUUCCUUUCCAAACCCAGCGCCAUGCCCAAGGGGCCGGACAUUUCUACCGCCACCACGUCUACCGCCGCCACGGUUUCCACGACAACGCCGCUAGCCGCCGACGGCACCGCGCCGGCGCCGAGAACUCGAUCCGGGCCGCCGGCCAACCAUACGGCCAACGGCGAAGGCAACCGGGCCCCGCACCUCCACAACCGCGUUGGCACCCGAGUGGGCGGGACCACGCCGACCGUGUCCGCCACCCGCGCCCCCCGAAUGACGCCGCCGCCCGGCAGGAAGGAAGUGACCCCUCGCAGCACGGUCAGAAAAGGAAGCGGCGGGCGCAACGGGGCCGGCCACUCAAAACCCGGACUGACCCCCUCCACAACCGGGGCCUCGGCGACCUCCAGCACCACCACCACCACCACCACUGUGAGGAUCACCACAAAGGCCCCGACGACGACGAGCGCCUCUCAGCCAGUCAAGCCCACGGCUCGUUGGACUCACGGGCGGCAAGGAAAGGCACUGGCCACUCGACCGCACCACCGCUUCCGGACACCGAUGGCACCGACACAGCCCAGCCUGCGCUCGGAGGUUUUCAAGCCUUGCGUGGAAGAUAAGGACUUGGCCUUUUGCCUCAACGACGGCGAGUGCUCCAUCAUCGAGACGGUGGCCGGGGUCCAUCGACACUGCAGAUGUAAGGAAGGCUACCACGGUCUCCGCUGUGACCAGUUCGUACCCAAAACGGACGCCAUCUUGUCCGACCCAACAGAUGAACUCGGAAUUGAGUUUAUGGAGAGCGGUGACACCUACCAGAGGCAAGUGUUGUCCAUCUUCAGCAUCGCCUCGGGGAUGUGUCUCCUCGGAGUGGCGUGCAUGGCUCUCUACCGGCACAACAAGAGACACCGACAAAAACUCCAGGCUCAUUUCUCCGAAAGUCGCAGCUUGCGGGACUGCGGUAUCAACGCCUCGGGUCUGAUGUCUAAAUCUGCCUUCAGAACACAGUACACGCUCCACAAGGCCUGCGGCACCCACGACGGCGCUGCCGACCCUGGAGCGUCCACGGCCUCGCCGCGAGUUCUCGUCAGGGCGCGGUGCAAAGGAAAACGCUUCAGGAGCAGUUCCCUCUCGCUCAGCCCGGCGCUACGACGCAAGGAGACCAAUCAUUUCAGGACGCCGCCCAUUUCUAGAGGAAAGAUGAAGCUGCGGUCCAAUCUGGCGGACGCCUCGCGAACGUCUUCUCACAUCUACAAGCACCUGCGGGAGGAGCGCCCCGGCCACUCUGAGUCCUUCAGGAGGUGUGAUGCCAGCAGGGGAAAGGUCGGCGCCCUGCUCGGCGGGACAUCUCACUUUGCCGGGAGAAGGGGAUGGACCGAGGUGCCUUGCACUCGUCUGGAUAAAGGAUGCUGCUUCCCUCCGUCCUCGCCGCGCGCCCGUUCCGUUCCCAUCAUCCCCUCGCUGCAGGCGAGCGACCUUGAGGGAAAGCGUUUGGAUACGCAGAACCCAGGGGGGUGUCUGGUCGCCGCCGCCGGCCCUUCCUCUCCGAGCGCCGUGCCCAUUAGUGUUCGCCCUCAGACGCCCUCCGUUGUAACGACCGCACGACUCGAUCCCCAAAACCUUUCGAGUCAUUCCGCGAAGACUUUGGCGACUCGCGUGGACCGCAGGGGUGCCGUUGAAGUCGAGACUGGACAAAGUAGCCGCUCUUCUGCCAGAGAGCAAACAGGCACUGGAAUCCGUGGUUUCAAGAUGGCGGGCCAAGGUUACGCCGCCAUGGAGAACUCAAACGGUCCCUCGGCCAUCUGCAGAGGAAUGGGAAAUUUGAGUUGAUUGGAUUAACUUUGCAAAGUUUCAGAAGAAGUCGGAGCCGAUACCUUCGGGACCAUCUGUGCGGCCGCCGAUAUCGGAGGCCCUUCGAUGAACCGCAAAGGACGAAGGACCCCAAAAAAUAUAUAUAUUGACCCAAACAAGCACACAUUGUGGAUAAACUCAUAACAGGACAACAAACUGCGAGUGGGAGCUCAAGUGGAAAAGAAAAGAAAACUAUUUAAAGGGAGCUUCUACCUAGAAACCAAAAUAGUGUGUCUCUAUGUUGUUUCUCUAUUGUAAAGAAAUGAAAUGAAACAGUAUAUGUCAUCUUAUAUAUGUCACAUAGACGUAUAUAUAUUUGACAUGCAAUUGUGACAAAAUAAAGACCAAGAUAAUAGUGUUCAUUAA